AUGUUCAUCACCCGUUUGAGGAGAAAGACGCAAAUUCGAAGGCGGAAGGGAGAGCGCGAGACACUUAUAGAGGAUGCAGUGCGAUUUCAGGAGCUCGUGGUAUCCAAAAUCCAGGAGAGGGGGGUACCGGUGCCCAGCAAACUUCUGCGGGAGCUGCAGCGGGGGUCGGAGCAGCGAGACGGCGGGAAGCGACUAUACAAGUUAGAUCUGCGACGGACCCACUUGACAGAUGCACAUGUGGAGGCUCUAGCACAGGCACUGCAGGAGCUUCCAGUUGUGCGCAAGCUCGACCUUCGGGGUAACGAAGCCGUUACCAUACAGGCGCUCAACGCCCUCAACUCGCUCCUCAAAGGCCAGGUGGAGUUGUUCCGACUGGUGCAAGCCGAUGCCAGCUUGGCCGACUCCAGCCUGAGCUUCUUGUACUCCGUGAAGCUGGACGCAACGGUGCUGUCGCUUGACCGGAGAGCGACAGAGGAGCUGGAGGCUCAGACAGCCGCGCUGGAGGUCGCCGACUCAGUGCUCGACGUCAGGCACGCUUUCUUCCAGGCCGAUGUAAGAGGGUCGGGAACCCUGACGGAGCACGAGCUGAGCGGCGCCAUGCGGAUCGUCAUGGGCGUGACGCCGAAGGCCGCAGAGACUUCGCGCGUGCUGCGGUUCUUCGGCGCUCCGGGAGCCCAGGGGAACGACCCGAACGUUAUUAAUUUGGGAGGGUUCGAGGCGGCCAUGGUGGGGAGGCUGCGAGAGUCACACACGCUGCCGGUGCUGCCUCAGAGGCGAGACGACCUGCUUUUCGGAUCGGCGGGCGACAAAGAGGGCCAGGAGAGCCUGGAGUGUUUUUCUCCUUGGAGCACUCGCUCCUUCGGGGCCACGACCGGUGGCAUUCGCGGCGACAAGGUCGGUGGGGGCGGCGUCGGGAACAAGCGAAGCCCUUUGUCGGCCUCUCAGAAACUUUCGCCGGGGGCGGGGAUGGGGACGCAUGUGCUCUCCCUGCCGCCGUGGCGCGGAGGAGAGGGUGGAUCCGAGCUGAGCAAUACGCAGAACGACGACGAAGGACAGAGCCAAAGAGCGCAGAGGGGCGAUGCCGACCUGGAGAACAUUUUCGACGACGAUAAUUGCGACGAGGUUGACAAGAACGACGGGGCUGAAGACGCAGCAGCACCGAGGCGCGUAAGAGAGACGAGCCGGACCUCCACUAGAAACAGUGGCAACGGCAGGGAGAGGAGCAACCGAGGGGCCCGAAGCAGCACCAGCAGCCUUGCAACCGACGCGCGAGAGGAGAAAGAAGAAAGGCACCAAGAACCGGCGCGACAGAGACGGCAGAAGGAGGGAGUCGCUCUCGUCGCCCACGAGAACAGUGAAUUGAUGAGCAGCGCGGCUCGUCUGGCGGGGAGUCGCUUCUUGAACAGCGAUGGCGGUGGCGACACCGAAGAUGACGUCCUCUCUGACUGCAGCAGCGACGAUGACUUGUCUUGUACCUCCGCGCGCGCGCAGAGUACCGGGAAAGGGACGGUGAACCAGAACGGCGGACGACUUCGAACCGAGCAUCCAAAUUUCUCAAGAGAAGAAACCGGCGGCGGGGGCGGCGGCGGCGACCCCAAGUCCAACACUGAAAAAACAUCGAAUUGGAGACGCCACAGCUCUAACCCGGCCGCGCAAGGAGGUCCAAGAUUUGACGACCGUAGCGCCAGCGGCAGCAGCAGCGGCGGCGGUGGCAGAAGCGUGUGUUUCUCGGAGGAUCGAGCGAGUGGAGACCGGCGGGUUAGCGAUGCGUCGCGGUCUUCUCAUUCAGGAGAUGAUAGCGCGCUGGAGCCAGCGGGGUCUGGUGCCUCGACCCACACGAAUCCCGGCCGACGGCAUUCUAUUCUUAAGGGAAACCAAGGCCGCGAUGACGGAGUUCGUCGGAACUUCGGGGAUGAGACCCCCCCAUCCACUCCCCAAACGGCGUCCGUCCCAGGAAGAGGGGAUGCCGUCGUUACGGAACCAGCAACAGCGUCGCGCUCGAACGCCGUUAGGGCGCAUCAAACGGGGGGAGUGAGGACAAACCUCAUAUCGGAAGAAGGCAACGUCACCGUCAUCGGCAUGACUGAACCACACAAGGAGGCGGCCACGUCGAGCGCGGCGUCGUCUAGGGCUGAGCCCCCGGGAGAAGAACCGGCUACACGUUCACGGCUAGCACAAGCGUCGCCAUUGACCACAACUAACGGAGGAGGAAGCGGCAUGCCGGCCGGUCGAGUUCUUCUCAAGGCCUCUGAUCGAGACCCCCAUCCCAGAGGCGUCGUCAUCGUCGACGGUGGGGCGGGUGGUGUCCUCGAGAACGAUCGAGUGGGCAGGCCUGCGGGAUUGUCUCUGGAGGCCAUCGUCGAAGCGCCCGGCUCAGGAGGCGGCGGCGAUGGCGGUGAUGCACCUGCGGUCGCUGCUGCCGGGGCCUCCACUCUUGCUCUAGACUACAGCGGUAGUGGCGGUGGAAAUAGCGGCCCCAUACGCAUGCCGUACUGUCUUUCUCCCACGAACGUGGUGCGUCAAGCUCGCGGCGGUUCCGGUGCGGCUGCAACGGCUGGCUCCAGCUGCAGGGAGAGAGAAAGCCUUGCCGCUCGAAUUCAGCGUUUGGGGGACAUCAACGCCGCUGCAACAGCCAACGCGGUCAACCCAGCGGCGCAAAACUGUUCCGUUUCAGAGAGUGGAUUCGCUGCACUCAGCGGCCACAGUGAAGGAGGAGGGGGUGCCGCAGGGGGAAGUCCACAAUUUUUUGCCAAUGCCGAGCACCCCCGACUGCCAUCGUCGGGGGGAAUGCCGACGCCACCCUCUUCCUCUCACGGAGGAAUGUCACCCGAACGUUCACGUUCUUGCGGGUUGCUCAUCCAGGACGGCGGCGGCGGGGGGAGUUACUGCUCUUCACCAUCGCCAUCUUCACGGUUCCACCUCCCCUCCAGCGAAACAAAGACCGCCCCCCUGUAUAGCGCCGGGGGUUCCACGUCUUUGUUUGAAGGUCAGGUCUUGAGGGCUGAUUCUGAGCCAGUGCUACGGCGGGCCGCGGAAAUGGGGUCGGAGACGAAAGGAAAGGCAGGGGGGGGCGAGGGCAGGGAGACCGACGGCAUGCUAUCUUCGCCGGCUGGGGCCCUUCAGCUAGAUGAAGAGCAGCUCGGGCUACGAAUCAACGAGGGGGCUCUUGUCAUAACUCGUACCGGACUUUCCAAGAUGUCUACCGUGCUACAGCUGGAGGCCGUUUACGGAUAUGGACGAGAAUCUCUCAUUGGUCUACACACACUGGUUCUCAGCUACAACCAGCUCCAGGUGCUGGACAUUUCCGUCUUGACGACCAUGCCGGCGCUCCGGCACCUCGACGUCAGCCACAAUCUUCUCUGCCGGAUGGAGCCGAUGGACGGGCGAGACCUGCCUCCACGGCUGGAAACCCUCAACAUGAGCCACAACCGGAUAUCGCGGAUUGGCGGGAUCGCACAGUGUUUCCUGUUGCGCGCUUUGGACCUCCGACACAAUCGUAUCAAGCGCGUCCAAGGGCUCGAACACCUGUCCCUCUUGCUUCAGCUCGACCUGGGCCACAACUUCAUUUCCAAGGCGGCCUCCGCGCGCGCGCUCAGCUUCAACCGCUCUCUCAAGCUGCUCUGGCUCGAGGGCAACCCCCUCGCGAGACAUCCUCGGUAUCGGCCGACCCUGACGUGCCUGCUGCCGCACGUUCGCUCCAUCGACAGCCGGGCCAUGCCGCCCAGCUCCGACUCAGACCAACGACGGUGGGAAGCCGGUGGUGGUUCAGCGGACGAGGAGGAGGGAGGCGAUGGUUGCAGCAGCACAGUAGCGGCAGCCGGACAUGCGGCCGCGGCGAGGGGGCAUCAGCGCGGGAGAAGCGGUAACACCAGCGCUUCUAGAGAAUGGCAGGCAGAACAAGACACGAGACGAUCCAAGGAAUGGCAGCAGGUGAUGGAAUGGCGAAAGGGCCAAGCGCGGCGCGAGGAAGAGGCCAAGGGGCAAGCAUUGGAAGGCCGACAUGAUGUGCGACAGGCAAUCAAUGCUGCGCAGCAAAGGCGGCAGGCGGAAGAGCUUGCCCGCCCGCGCCCCCGCAAGUGCCCAAGCGAGGAGGCCAUCAGUAAGGCCAAGGAAGUAGCAUGCCGCCGGCCUGCCGUUGUUUUCGGGAUCAGCUACAGGGGCGAGAGAGAAAGGGGGACGCAUGCAAGCGAUGCUGCGUACGCGGCAUCAGCCGGCAUGGACACGGCGAACACACCACCGUCGCCGCCCCGGAGCAAAGGCCAUCAGCAGCACGGACGCCUGUUCGACGUUGCUGCGGACGGAUAUGAGCUGCGUGGCAAAGGUGUUGGAGGCGGUUGUGGCGGCGGUAUGGAUCGUCGGGAGGAAUACAUCCAGUCCCCCCACGGAGCGGCGAGAGAAAACGGAGCGGUUAGCGUUCGAGAUGUUCUUGGCCGCCAAGAAUGGACGACGACCGACCCUCCCCUCCAGGACAACGACGAGUCGUUGCAGCAGGCGUAUCAGAACAGUGGUAGUGAUGCACCACCGCCUUCAUAUUUGCUACCAUCAUCUCGCGGUCGAAGUUCCAAGAGGUCCUCGGUCGGCGCCGUAGAAGGACACGACAGUCCCACGCCAUCAGUGCCGGUAAUGAUGACUGUUGACAGCGACGGCGCAGCAACUGCCAGAACCACGGUGCGCGCAAAGAAGGCUCCGGAAGACAUUGAGGGGGCUUCAGCUGAAUCGUCCGGGGGGGCAGGACACGAGAGAAACGAGCUGGUGGACAGCUGGCUACUGGACGUCAAGCUUGAGACGGAGACGGCAGGGACUGCGUUGCAGGUUCUCCUCAGGAUGUGCAAAGAGCGUGGCGGCGACACCGACGGCGAGCGACGGCGACUGUCCAGCUUCCGUACCGCGCUGGAGGGGAUGGGGCUGUUCUCUCCGCAGCACGGGCCGACGCCGACAGAGUUUGUUGGAGACGAGGCCGGCGUUCUCGCGCACAAGGUCGCGGCAGCCGCAAGACAGGUGGCCAUGACGAAGGCGGCGGUGAAGAACCUGUUGCGGCUCAUGGAAAGCGUGGAGCCCGGCGAAGACGGCAAAGCGGAACUCGACCAAUACGCCAAGUUCAUCCGACUUCAGAGAGAAAUUAUGAUCGGUGUCGGUGGCCACCCCAACGCUGACACCAGCAGCCCGGAAACAAAGAGAGAGCCGACGACCUCUGCUGCCGUGGUUCAACAGGGCGAAAACGCCAAUUGCCAUAGAAGCCUCCCAGAACAAGGCGAACCAGAGGGAAGAGCCUCCGGCAACCCCGGGGGCGGCGUCGCUUUGCCUUCUUCCUCCAGCCUGUACGCCACCGCCACCACAGCUGCGCGCGAAGGCCCGACCUCUCAAGACCUAAACGACGUAUCUGGCUCUGAGGAGAGGGUGAUGACUACUGGAACGGAGGGAAUAGUUGUACCACCGUGUGGCGGUGCCGAGUCCGUCCAUGAAACUGAUGCCAACGACGUCAUCGUCCCGCUUGGGCUUGGUCCGGAAGCUUCGGCGCGUUGUACAGGCGGCGCCAUUGAUGCCGCUUCUAAGGACGUGCCUGGCACGUUCCAAUCGAUCACCUGUGAGCCUCUAAGACCUGCCGAGGAGGUCGUCACGGAAGAAGCUCUCGUAACCAUGGUAGUGGGAAUAACACAGGGGAAGGAUUCAUCCUCGCUGCUGCCAAGCAAUCAGGACAGUGUUGUCGUUGCCGGCAUAGUUGAUCAAAGCAGUAUUUCAGCCGGUGUAUCCGAAAUAGCCUCGGCGGUGGGUUUCGUUCAUCCGAAGUGCACCUCUGCGAACAAGGAGAAGAACGAAGGAAGAGAAGCUAGCCAAGAUCUGGGAGACUACGCAGGGGGAAAUCCAUUGAUCUCGACAAGCCCCGCGGUUGUCUCCGCUGAUGAGACAUCAACAUCAACACCACGAGUAACCAUUGAUGGAACACCAAGCGACUCCUCCCUGAAACCGAACGGCACCUCUGUGCUACGUACUGAUAACGGCGACGAUGCGGAUGCCACAGCCGAAGUUGCCGAGGUGGCCGAAGUACCAGGGAAGAGGAAGGAAGAGGGAGGCGAGGGGUUAUCGGCUACGCCAGUGACGUCAGCAACUUCGACCGCCAACCUUUCUGCCCGAGAACGGCUGUUGCGCCACGUAAGGGCCACGGCUUCGCCCCGUUCUGGAAGCGACGACGACUCCAGCUGUUGCAGCAGUGGCGGAGGUAGUGGAACCGACAACAAUGACAGCGAGAGCAAGACCGUACGUCGACUACCAACAACCGAGGGUCUACAACGCGAGCGAGAUAUCAUCUUGGCGCAGGAAGACGGCGGCGAGGAAGGGUGCGACGGCGAGGUAGCUGCUGGUGGGGAUGGGGGCGAAGAUAUCGAAAUUGUUGGUGUCGCCAAACAAGAAGAGGGUGUGGAGAAUUCGCGUACACGGGAAGAAGGUGGUAGCGUCGAUGGCAGGCCAAUGACGACGCGACCCGCAACACGAUGGGAAGGAGAAGGCGGGACAGAAGGAAACGACAAGAACGAACUGGGUGUUUCAAGCAAUGCCAGUCGACAGCCAGACGUGCCGUCGGCAAGCCCUGCUACUCAGUUGGCAAAUCCAUUGGCUACAGCCGAGGCGGGGAGCAUCGUGAUAUUCGACAAGGACGGCAGUGUAUCUUCUGGCACUCCUGCGGGCAUCUCUGGUGACGUGUAUCGUGUUGAAGUUGACGUCAGUGCGAUUGACACCCCGACAGCAGCUGGUGCGGGCUUCAGCCCUACCUCAGAACAUCAAACGAGCCACAUUGAAGCGGAGAGCGAUACCGGCACCGUACCAUCGACUGACGCUGUUGGGUCGGGCGUGGACUGCACUGCUGUGUCGUCAGCCGCAACACCAGCGGUGGUGUGUCCAAGCACGAUCGCGUCUGAUGCAAUAAUCGACGAGAAUGGUGGUGAACUACGUGGCUCGACAUUAGAUGAAUCUGGAGAGGUGGCACAAGGGACCACCAAACACGACAACGACAGCGAACAGAUCCUCAGCCACCCCGUGUCAGAUGUUUCAACACCAAUCCGGUCGGAUCUACAUGUAGCUGGGAACGAGAAAGAUGACAAGGCUAAAGGUUCUGUUGAAGUGGCAACGGCAGGAAAUGAAUCAACCCUCGGAAACUCGUCCGAAAAAGCUAAACCCGAUUCGGGUCGCAGUGACGAAGCCGCGACGACAACGUGCGGUGAGGCGGAGGAAAACGCUGAGGAAGAAGUGAACACAGGAGGAGAUGCCAACACAAAAACCAGUAAUGAACGUGAUGUAAAGCUCGACGGGGCCGAGAAUGAAACCGCCCCCGCAGAUCCCACCACGGAACUGGCUUGGAUUGAGGGCUACGAUCCAGGCCACGACUGCUACUAUUACCACCACGUACCCACCGGGGAAAGCCGCUGGUACAAGCCGGACGAACCCUACGAGUCUUAUGUGCAUUCCGACGAGGAGGACGGCGACGGCGGAACAUCAUACUCGCUGAGAGACGAAGGCGGCACGCCGAUUACGGCCACAACGGCGGCAGCACUCGAGGACGAUAAUCUACGACCAGAGAGAAAGGAGCGGAGAAAGGACGACGAGAACGUGGACAACCAACACCUUCGAGGGAAGCGUGGUGGGAUAGAGGAGGAAGAGGCAACAGAAGCAACAACUAGGAGGUCGUCGUUGUCUCGCAAGGUCAAAGAACCUUCGUCUGGGAAAAGACGGUCGUCCAAAUCUAGCACGGCGUCGGCAGGGUCGCAAGGGCGGAGGAGAGACGACGACGACGGUGGUGCACGAGACCAUUCAAGGUCGGGGCGUGCAUCCCGGCAGCAGCGCGGAAAAACCGCUCUCGAGAGGCUCAACGACUUUACCGACGACAACACCUGUGGCUCAGACGAUCCCCGAAGCGAUGGUUACGGCUGCGAACGCCGGAGAUCUAGCGGUUCAUCUAGGCGACAGGACGGCACGGGGUCUCGUCGACAUCGCGACGACGACGACGAUCGAUACCGGUCUCGCCGUAAACACAGCAGCGGGGACGGAGGUAGCAGGCAUAGAAAAUCAAGAGGGGAUUCGUCGUUGCGGACGGAAGGAUACCGUGACGACGGCAAGCGGGACCACGACCGAAGGCGGCCAUACUCUCAGAGGCGCUCGUCUGACAGUAGAUAUAUUCUGUCUUCCGAUGGGAGUAGAAACAGCGACGACGACGAAGGCGCUCUCAUGGGGAGAACAUCAAGCGCUAGAGAUCGCGGCGGGUCGAGGUCCCGUCGCUCCAGCGCCCGAUAG